GCGUAGUACCUCCAAGGAGAAUGUGGUUGUGCGAUGUAACGUCACGAUUUUUGGGAAUGUUCAACUUGCAUAGCAACAAUUUUUCUUCAAUCCUGUUUAAUCACAGGGACCUUGAUACGCGGCUCUGAAAAGAUACUGGCGUGGAAUUUUUUUUUAAUAAUACGGUUUUAAUAGUACUGUUCGUUUUUUUUUUUUUUUUUAAGAUCUUUUUAAGCUGAAGGGUUACAUCGUGCAAUUACGUUCGACUGCGAGUAAAGGGAGAUUUUUAAGGUCAGCUAAUGUCAAAAGAGCACCGAACCCAUGCGGCUUCCGAAAGGGCCAACGACUUGUGGUGCUACCAGUGCUUUACCAUGGAGCACGGUGAGAGAUGUGCCAAUCUCUCCGACAAUACCGGCAAUUCCAGCACCUUCAGGCACAAAUGCACGGACGACAGAAGAAUGUGCAUGGUGAAACGGUUCUCCUACACGAUUUCCACCACCGCGAACACGACCUCCAGCCAGAGGAUGUGGGCCCUCGAGAGGAACUGCACGAACAAAUGCGAGCCCGGGUGCAUCGUGAUCGGCGAGCGCACCAAGCUCUACGGCUGCACUGCCUGUUGCGAGAGUAAUCUAUGCAACAACGGUACCGGUACUGCCAACGACCUAACUAUCAAAGAAACCGACUUCCUGCUGGCCCUCGUGCUGCAAGCUGUCUUGACCGUUAUCAUGUACCCAUCCUGACAGUGUCAAUAAAGUUUCUGAUCACAAAUGAGGAUACAUGGGUCCCCAUCGCCAUCGCGGACGCCGGACGGUGCUUUCCAUCCAAUUUCUGCGUCCCCCUCAACAUUCGAGAGAUGUACCCCCCGUGAAAAAGUCUAACACUUCGCCGAUGGGACGCGUAAAAUUGUUCUUCGUGUAUGCGUAUAGUAUAGAUUAUAUUUAUUGCCAUGUAAAAUCUUCCUGUAUGACUCUUUCAAAAGUUUAUAAAUAUAUAUUUUUAAAUAUAAAAAUUACAGAGACUC